AUGUCACCACACUAUGGACAAGUGGUUAUUGUUUUAGAUUCCACACCGAUCAACAAGUUGUCAACCAACUUUAUCAAUUUAAAUCAUACCAUGAACAAGACAAGAGAAGAAUGUUUACAAAAAUUGAAUGAAUAUUGGAAAUAUUUAGUGGCCAUUCAUGGACCAAAGAUGAUGAAAAGAAAAUUUGUUUUUGAAUUAUACAAUUCCAUCCCGACAAAAGAAAUUAAAAAACAAUUUUUAUUAGAAUAUCUGGUAAAAGAUUACCAUUUUCCAUUUAUACACUCUUUCAUGGAAGAUGAAGAUUUUAUGCUUCAGGCCAUUAGGAAAAAGAAAGAGAUGCUCCUCUUCCAUUGUGGCUUGUGGAAAAAGAAGAGUUUUGCCUUAAAUGUUGUGAAAUAUUCAAAAGAUGCUUUAAAGAAAGUGGAAUGUAUUGAUUUAGAUAUAAUUUCAUCAGCUCUUGAAUCAAAACCCAAAUCUCUUCAGUUUUGUAAGACAGAUAUUCGAAAUGAUAAGGGGAUGGUACUGAAAUCUUUGGGUAAAACUUAUGGAAACAUUAUAUUCAUUGGAGAAACUCUAUUAGAUGAUGUUGAUAUAUUGAGGAAAUGUCUUUCAAAAAGUAACACUUUCAAAAGUUUGAAAAAUACCCUGAGUGUUAUAGAAAUGAUGAAAGAAAUUGUGAAGAGAUACCCACUAUCUAUGUUGAGGUUUUACAAAUGGCUGAAAGACGAAAUUGAAUUUGAGAUAAAGGAAUAUGAUACAAUAAUGAUUAAUGGAAAAUUGUAUAAGUAUCGUAUUGAAAUGCUGAGAUAUGUCGAAGAUGUUCAAAUGGCAAGAAAAUUCAUAAGAUUUUCAGGUAAAAAUUAUGAUUACUUUAAUGAGAUUGUAAGAGAGGACGUUGAAACAUUCAAAUUAGCAAUGUCUACUGAUUGCCAAAAUGUUGUGAAUAUUCCAGAAACUAUUGGACAGAACAAAGAAUUAAUUAAUUGGCUAUACGAAAAUGACUGUUCUAAUAGGAUUAUUGACCAUAUUAUUAGUAAUCGUCCUAAUGAUGAUGAAUUGACCAAUCAUUUAUUGAAAAAAUAUGUAAGUGAUGUUUUGGAGAAAAAAAGACCUUUUGACAUUCCGCAUUACUUGCAUAAUCAUAAGAAUCUGUUUCGUAAGGCAAUUAAGAUUCAAUUUUGUUAUUUUCAUUUAGUAGACAAUUUCUUGAGGAAGUAG